UUCCACUUAACGACCGCAACGCUCACGGUAUCUUAUCCUUGUUGUUCACCGAAAGUUAAACAAAGACAGAUGAUGCUCGCGAGCGUUGCGGUUGUUAAAUGGAACGCGCCCUUUGUAAUGAACAGCUGUCUGUGAUCUACAAUAUAAGGUUAACUCUUCUCUAAAAGUUGUUUGGACCUUCCUAAGAGAAAUUGGCAGAAUAAUAUAGUAAAGGCUUGUUUUUAAAAUGAAAUAAUAAUCGGAAAGAGAAAUCAUACGAUAACACAUAAGUUCAUCGGUACCGAAGUAAAGGAAAAAAGAAGUGUAAGUGUCAAAAAAUCCGAAAAAUAACUACUCGGUUGACGGCAUGUACCCUCUUAUAUAAAAAGAAAAAUAUAAAGUUAACUCGUAGAAGCAUAUGAAAAAUUUCGAGUCUGAUUGACAGACACAAUUGUAUAGCUGCUAUAUAUAAUCGACGUAACCGUGUAGCAGCGAAGAAUUCGAAUGGAGAGCGCAUAGUAUUCUCUCAAUUAUUAAUUAACGAUAGAUUGCGGCGCAGAUACACUUUGCAAUAUUAUGCACUAUUAUGUACGCAAUACAAAUCGUAAUUGUGAAGCUGUAAUGAGAACUUCACGCUGUGUUACAAAGGAAAAAUAGAAGAGAACGCUUAAUUGUAAUUGAACUUUGCAAUUCUCUCUUCUCCUUCACAUUUCUCACAUCUUAAUUGAAGCAAAGUGUGUGUUAUAACAAUGACAACACCAAUGUGCGAGGAUGGUGGACCAUUAAGGGAAUGGGCACCACUUGCUGUCCUUUUACAACAGAUACCUGCCAAAAUACAAAAUGGUAUUUUUACACAAGAUAUUAAUUUUACUUGCAUCGCUGCCCUCACUGAAUUUAUCGCCAUUGGAACUAAUCAUGGGCUUGUUUACUGGUACAAUAGAGAAAAGCAGGAUCUGCAAAGAUUACGUUGUGAGAAUGUAAAUUCCAAAAUCACAAGCAUACAAGUAAUAUCUACAGUCGAUUAUAUGGUCGCUGCUGGCAAUGAACAUGGUGUUGUUACAGUUUUUCAAAUUCCCAAAAGUCCGCCUGAUUCAUUGCCAGACAGUUUAAAACCAAAACAGAAGAAACAGGUGGAAAGGUAUAGCAUAAGUGGUUUACACAGUACUGCGGUGACAGCAGUAGAGUGGUCUAAGAAUGGUAUGAAAUUAUUUAGUGGAGAUAAAGAUGGUUUAGUGGUCUUAACAGAGAUUGAUUUUUAUAUGUUUUUUUUCAAUAUAUCAAAAUUAUUAAAUGAGAAAUAUUCUGUGGUACAAUUGAGCUACCAACAAGGUUUGUUAUUAGUUUCAACUAUAUUACGUACAAUUUUGGUCAACAGAAAUGAAAAUGGGAAAGUAACACAGGUUGGCCAAAAAGAACGUAAAAUAUUAGGUAAACUAGGCGCGGUAUUUGGUUCUCGACAAAAUUAUGUACAAGAAUCAGUAAUCUAUGCAAGUAGACCAGGGUUGCGUCUAUGGCAAGCUGAUAAGAUUGGGACUGUAUUGAAAACACUCAUAUUUAAGGAUGCAGUUAGAUCAGGUCAUACAGAAGUGACGUUAUUAAAUCCUGCAUCGGAAGGCUCGAGAAAGAAUCGCGGUGAACCUUCGUUCGGCAUUGUAUUACCAUUUUGUGAUGAUUUAUUAGUAACAUAUUGUGACGAUGUAGUCUAUGUAGUAAAUCCAAAUACUAUUGCAAUAACAUCGAUCGUAAAUGAUUUACGACAUGUUACCGAUGUGGCUUGCACGAAAGACGAAAUAUUUAUACUGGAAGGAGAAAGAAAUAUUUUGCGUAUUGCCUAUUACCCUGAAAAUAAUAUUACAUCUGGAGAAACAAGCAAUAUGCUGGAUCCUUUAUUAUCAUUCGCUGAAUAUAGUAAACCCGUUGCCAAUGGUAUACUAGGACUAACUUCAAAAUUAAAGGAAAGUAAUAUAGUACCAACUAUUCCCUUUUCCAAAAUCAAUCCAACCAACAUUAUUCAAUCCGUAGGCAUUUUGCCGACUGUUGCUGUCGGUACCGACGCUAAUGUAAUUGCGAAUGCGGAAGAAGCUGUGGAAAUACCUCCAAUAGUUCCAAUAGAUUUAAAUACUACACUUAUAACGGAUAUUAACAAGAUACCGGAACAUAUUGAUACCAAUAAAAGAAAUGUAGAAGACAAGAGCAAUGAUCGCCGGGAAAUAUUCCAAAAAAUUGGCCAACAGGCAUUCGAGGAUGUUGUUUUUACGCCUGAAAGAAAACAGAAGAAAUCUCGGAUUAAAGUAGUGAAUGGAAGUGAGAGUGUCAUAUCGCCACAUGACAACACUGAUGAUUUGUCAAGUAGUUUAGGUACUGAUCAUAUGAAUACUAACAAGACAACGACAACUUAUUCCUCUUUAAUGCAAUUGAGUCUCGAUGAUGAUUUUAUAUUGAAGUCGGACCGAGAUUUAGAAACAAUUCAACGAGACGUAGAAGAUAAGGAGAAAUUGUUAGCAGAUGUUCUCGAUUUUGACUUGUCCAAGUACAUGACGAGUAGCCGAAUAAACAAAGAUGAUUCGAAUAUAUCUAAUCACAUGAAUACUAUAACAUGUAUCAAUUGUAAUGUACAUUCCAAUGCGAUGAACGGAGAACAGGAUGCGAACAAGGAAAACGAGAAUAUAGAACAGAGCGAUCACACGGAAACCGAGUCGGGGGAGGAAGAUGUUAGUUAUCGCACCGAACUAAAGCGAUUAGAAGAUCUUGGAGAAUGCAGAAAGACCCUUUUACAAAACAAACUGGACGAUAUCCCACCAACUCAUAAUAAUUUCGUUGAUAUUCGACAAGUACCGCCGAUGGAUCGAGACGAACUGGAACAUCAAUUUAAUGCUUUAGCAAAGGAAUGUGCCACAUCUGUUAUUCUCGAGGAAGAAGAUUGGGUUUUAGUCAAAGAUGAUAUACCUUCGAUCACGAUGUUUUAAGCACGAAUUGCUUCACAUCUUAUACAUAAGUAUACUAUUGUUAAAAAAUAAUAAAUUAUUACGUGAUAUGCAUGACAACAGCAAUUACUAAUCUUUUCACUAUCAAUUUUUCUUCUAUGGAAUAUAUAUCUUAUUGAUUGUAAAAGGGUUAAACUUUUUUGGCUGUUGUCAAAUAUCGUCAAUUUAUAAAUUAUUGGACUGCACAAAAAUAUUGUUUCAAGUAAUUCAUAAUUUUAGAUAUCACAAAUAUUAGAUAUAGAUAAAAUGAAUUAUUAUAAAAUAAAUAACUACAAAAUAAUGCAUGUAAUCUUGGAAAAUGCAUAAUUUGGAAUUAUUUUCACUAGCAGGCAAAAUUAUAUUUUGCAUAUAAAAAAAAUUAUCAAUAUUGAAAAAUAAUAUUAGUGUUGUUGCCUUAAUAUUUUAAACUUAAAAAUUAAUAUUAUUAAUACAUUUGUGAUUAAUGAACAUACAAUCUUUUUUUUGAAUCAACAAUUUUAUAAAAUAUAUAAUAAAUAUUAUUUACUAAGUUUGCAAUUCGAAUUAUAUGUUGACAUAUACAUCUAAGUUAAUUGUAAACAUAGUAAAUAAUAUUUAUUAACUAUUAAAUAAUUAUACAUUUUUUGCAUAAUUAAAUAGUAUUUUUGCAUAAUAUCCUAGUGUUAUCAAACAUUCCAAAAAUAUGCUAUUCAUCUAGAUUUAAUAUAUAAAUGUAAAUUAAUACAUGCAACAAAUUUCGUAUACAUUUAUGUAUAACACUUACUAUUGGCGUCUUUGUAUUAUAAAUUUGUAAGUUUUAGAACAUAUAUAUAUACAUAAACAAUGAUUUUAAAAAUGUAAGGUUCAACAAUAUCUUUUGGCAUUAUUUACUUAUUACUUUGAAUAUAUUAUUCAUUUAUAUCUAGUUUUGUAAUAUAUAUUUGUUUGUGCUUGGGGAGGGGGGGAGAUCAAAGCAGAAAUAGUAUGUAAAUAUGAGAGAUUUACAUUAUAUGGCUCUAAAAUAAAUCGUUUUGCCACAUAUCAAUUAGUAUGCUGUAAUAUAU